AAGUGGGCGUUAACCAUCAGCUGAUCGUGUUGUCAGUUUUAGUCUUCAUUGAGAUAUAGCUAUAUUUUUUUCUCUAUUCGGAUAUUCUAUUUUUCAAGUAAUUCAUUGUAAAACAGUAUUUUUAUAUACAAUUUAUUUUUUUUCAAAUAAAUGUGAUUUUUCACUUUUCUGUUUUAACUUGUUUUUCUUUUUGACUGUGCUAUCUUUGUGAGUAUUAACAAAAAAAAACUUAUGAUACUUGAAUUCCCACACGUGACAAAACAUUGACAGCGAGCGAGCCCGAGGCCGGUACGGUGAACGUUUAGAAGUCACGUUGAAUUUCCUUCUUUCUGCGGUCCGUGUAUAAAGCUUCAAGAUCAAGCGAAAUGGAAAAUCAGAAAAUUGGCAUCGUGGGAAGUGGAUUGAUAGGGCGGAGCUGGGCGAUGAUCUUUGCCAGUGCUGGAUAUAAUGUCACAAUAUUUGAUAUAGAGCCCUCUCAGGUGAGCAAUGCCCUGAAGUUGAUCAAGGAACAGCUUGAGGAGUUGACUGCAUCAGGGAUGUUGAGAGGUACACUGUCUGCCGAGGCCCAAUAUGCGCUCAUUAAAGGAAGUAAUAGCAUGGAGGAAGCUUUAUCAGGAGCUUCAUUUGUACAGGAAUGUGUCUUUGAGAAUCUUGAAGUGAAGCAGAAGGUGUUCAGUGAGAUGGAGCAACAUGUCGGGGAUGACACCAUAUUGAGUAGCUCGUCAUCUUGCAUCAUGCCAUCCAAAUUCACAGAGAAUCUUAAACGUCGCAAUCAGUGUAUCAUCUCGCAUCCUAUUAAUCCACCGUACUAUGCACCCUUGGUAGAAAUCAUCCCUGCCCCCUGGACUGACCAGUCCGUGAUUGAUAGGACUAGGACCAUCAUGGAAACCGUUGGCCAGGUACCAGUCACUCUGAAGAAAGAGGUCCCAGGAUUUGCCGUCAAUAGGAUCCAGUAUGCUAUUAUUGCUGAGGUGUGGAGGCUUGUUGAGGGAGGUGUGCUUUCAGCUGAUGAUGUAGAUAAAGUAAUGUCUGCUGGUCUAGGUUUAAGAUAUGCAUUCCUUGGUCCAUUAGAAGUCAUGCAACUGAAUGCAGAGGGCAUGCAGAGUUACAUGGACAGAUACACUAAGGGCUUGCACGAUGUUCUCGGUGACUUCGGCCCCACCCCAACUUUCACUGGGAAGGGCCUGGAACAAAUCGUGAAGGAAAUGAAUGCCAAGAUUCCACUCGAUAAACUGGAAGAGCACCGCAAAGCUAGAGAUACCAAACUUGCCGCCCUUGCUAAGCUGAAGAAGGACUUGGAAAGAGAAGGAAAAUGAGCCUUAAUUAUCAAACUAUGAACCUGUUGCCUACCAAAGUCUUUGAUUCCCUUAUCAUUGGUGAGCUUUUAAAGCAUUGUAAUCCAAAAUCUUAAAAUGUUGAGGACGGCUUGGAUAAAGUUGUUAAAAAAACACCAAAGAAUCAAAAUUGGAUUAUAAACUGAUGAAAAAUAAGAAUAAUCUAAAUUUUUACAUCUAUGGUAUUUCAAAUUGUAUGAAUUAUUAUUAUAUUCACUGUGAUGAACAUUGGACAAUGAUUUCAGAUCAUCUUUUCCUGUAGAUAAUCUAGACUUUUGUACCAUAAUUCAGUGAUAUUCUACGUGAUAAUGAAAUAAAAAGGAUAAAUUAUGAAAUGGUGUCGGGAACACAUUGAAAAAAUGGCAUAUCUAAAUCAUGGCUGUAGCAGGCUUGCAUACUUGUAUUAAUAACUUCCAUAUUAUUGGCUCCUGGUGGGCAUCUCAUGAAACAGUCAGUGAUCUCGAGUGUUGUAAGCUACUAAAAUCCUUGCAUAUGAUUGGCUAAGAGCAAUUUUUUUCAAACUCUAAACAGUCUGUUCCUCUGAAUUUUCUGCCUCCAAGGUUGAAUAUCAACUUAACUUAAAUGAUUCCACUCAGGUUAUUGAUUAUGAUGUGUGAUUUUUUUGGACAUUGGUGUUUGGUAUUAUGUAGGUUCGCAAUAUAUGACACAAUGUGAAAAUAUUUUAUUUUGAAACCUUAACGAAUAGAUGAUCAGGUAUACAAUUUAUCAAUAUUCAUGGUAUAUUGAAGGAUGGCAGUUUUGAUCCUUUUCUAACAAAAGAUCACAACUGCUGCAGUGUGUACAAUUGAAAAAGCAUACCUCCCUAUCUUAAUCCAACUCACAGGGGUCCACAUAGAUAAGAUGCGGACUAUAUCACUUCUCAUUUCUCACCCCUGUCCCUUUGAGUACACCUGUGUGAUAUUAAUUAUUACCCGUAACUCAAGAAAAUAGUCUGUUACAAUGUUAGACAAGUGGUUCCAUUCCGUUGCUCUGGCGACCAUUGCUCUGGCGACCAUUGCUCCGCUAUAAAUUUUUCACACACGUAUCGAACUUUAACCGUGGAUUUAAUACUGUACCCUGCCAUAAACCUAACCAUAUUCCAACCCUAACCCUACAUCUUUAGACAAAAUAGAUACUGGAGCAAUUGUCGCAGGGGCAAAUUUCCUGUCGCCAGGCAAGUAUUCAUGGGGAGUUAUAUAAUUAUAUUACAUAGGUUAUGUAGAUUCGAAUCAGUGAUAGGUCAAUACGCCAUCACGUGACCAUAGCUGCGAGGAUCGCAUUUGUUAUAUUCUAGGUUUUUACGUCACCUCAGGGAAUAUAACUGCGUUGUAUUGUCAAUUGCGGCAUUAUAUUCACUAAGGUGACGUCACUAGCUGCAUACAAGUUGCGUAACCAAGUAGUUUAUUUGAUGUAAGUGCUGAUGUUAACGCGUCGAUUGCAUGAAGAACGCGCUUGAUGUAUUUUCCAAAUAAAAAUCUAUUAUGACGUAGAUGGAUCAGAGCUGUAGCAAGAAUUUCGGGUUUGAGCCAGAUGAUGAAUGCAAUUUCUGAUGGCGAAUCCACAUAGACUAUAUAAUAUAACAGAUAUUGCCUGGUCUAUCGUUUUAAUAAAUAACAUUUCAACUCCCCUCCGAAGCUAUAUUUUUCCCUCGGGAUAAUACUUUCCCUCAGCGCUGCGCGCUUCGGGCAAAAUAUAAUCCCUUGGGAAAAAUAUAACGCCGUCGGGGAGAGGAAAUGUUAUAUUCAAAGUCUAGGUAGGCAAUAUCUGUAUAGUGAUAUUACAGUUGGUGAUGAAUGGAUACUUAGUAUCCAUUCAUGCAAUAUUACCCAGCCCUUAUCAUACCACAAAGAGAUGCAUUUGAUUUGGAAUGUGCAAGUCACAUAGAAUAUGUUAUUCUGUUAUUAGAAAUUCAUUAUCAGUUUACUACAUCAUUUUACUUCAUCUAUUUCUUUCUGUUACGUUACACCUUUUUAGAGCGCUAAGAGUCGUAAUUGCAAUUGUGCUAUAUAAAGAACUGAGUAUUAUUAUGUUUAUUAUCAUCAUUCCUCAAAUGUUACUUAUAACAAGGGAUAGUUGUUUGAGAUUUAUUACCCUCUUAAUUGACCAAGGAAUAGACUUCAACAAAUCCAUAUUUACUUAUUAAAGUUAGGGUUUGCAUUGAAAUGUGGCUACGCACAAACUUCUAAAUGUUAUCACUCAUUUCCAUACAUUUAUAUUCUUAAAUCAUUGACCAAGCUAUAGAAUGUCAGAUACCGAUAUAGCAUUUGGGUUCCAAAUCUCUAUUUUCAGAUGUAAGCAAAAUAAAAUCAAUCAGUUUUUUUCAGUCUGUCAGUAGCCUACACUUUGAGACCCAUGAAAAUCUAAGUGAUGUUGAGUACAUUAUUGAAUUAGUUUAACUUUGCACAGGGACCAGCAUCAUUAGCGUACCUACGGGGGGGGGGGGGGGGGCAGAGGGGCAGUCUGCCCCCCCUGACGAGCUUGAAAGACCUUUUUGCCCCCCCUGACGAAAAUCAUGGAAAAUCCUAGGUACGCCACUGACCAGCAUUAUUCUAUAGUCUAUAUCAUUCACAGAUGUUAUAUACAUAUUGUCUGUCCAUUGUACAAACACAUGACUACAAGUCAAACCUAUAUCACUGUGAUUCUGCUGCUUGGAAUUAUGUGUUGUAUGUGAUAAUCUGAACAGUGUUAGGAAGAUUCUUAUUUUUUUAAUAAAUAAUUGUAUUUACCAAUAAAAUGCAAUAUUGAUGAA